GCGGAAACGUCCUUGAUAAUCAGCCAUUUUACCUCAACUGGGCCUGGAUCUCCUUCGCCACAGAAUACUACAUCGUGAAUGAGACGGACAGGAGAGUCAACGUCACCCUCAACAGGAGGGGUUUUCUGGGCGAGACAUCAUUUAUCACUAUCACUGCAAAAAAUGGCACAGCCAAAGUGGGUGAAGAUGUUAGGAAGAAGUAUGCCCACCAAGUGCAGUUUAACCCAGGGCAAAUGAAGAAGAACUGGCACAUUCGCCUUAUCGAUGAUGACAAGUACGAGGAUUUUGAGACCUUCACACUGGAGCUAAGUGAGCCUGUGAUGGGGGCUUUGGAACACCCCAAAGUGGCCACUGUCCGAAUCCUGGACAAAGAAGAUGAGUCCACAGUGUUCUUCCCAGAGAGUCAGUACACAGUGGAGGAAGACAUUGGGAUCAUUAAGGUGCCUAUAAAGAGGACUGGAGACAUUUCUGACGAACUGAUGGUCAUAUGUUCCACAAUACAAGAUUCUGCCACGGGGACCGUUCCGUCCACUGUCACUUCCUAUUCCGACUACAUCACCAGACCCGAAGACCACAACAGCAUGGUGCGCUUUGACAAGAACGAGGACACCAAGUUCUGUAACAUUCAAAUUAUUGAUGACUCCUUGUUUGAGGAGGAAGAAAGGUUCCAGGUUGUUCUGACCAUGCCUAUGGGAGGGAAGGUGGGGCAACAUAACAUGACAGAAGUGGUCAUUGCCCCGGACAAAGAUGAUGAGCCUGCUAUCUACCUGGGAGCAUCAGAAUAUGAGGUUGAUGAGAGUGAUGGUUUUGUUGAAGUUAAAAUAUGGCGGACGGGAACAGAUCUCAGCAAGACCUCCAGUGUCACAAUCAGGUCCAAAAAAACCAAACCUGUCUCCGCUGAAGCUGGCUUAGACUACUCUGCAAUCAACAGAGUGGUAAACUUUGCCCCUGGGAUGACCAUGCAGACGGUCAAGGUGACCAUAUUGGAUGACCUUGGUCAGCCCAGACUGGAAGGUCCCGAGAGUUUCCAGUUGGUUCUACGGAUGCCCACAGGAGGAAUGAUGGGGGAGCCCAGCAAGGCAUUGGUCGUUAUCAACGACUCAGUCACUGACUUACCAAAAUUCCACUUUGAAGAGGACAUGUACAUGGGUUUUGAAAAUGACGGUGUUGUGAGGACCAUGAUCAGACGCACAGGCGAUACCAGCCACCUAGCAACCGUGCGCUGCUACACAAGACAAGACACAGCCAGGGUUAUGAUGGACUACAGUGAGAGGCCAGACACUGAUGCUUCUAUUGUUACCUUUUUGCCAGGAGAAGUGAAAAAGCCUUGUAUUGUGGAAUUAAUGGGAGAUUCUGAGUUUGAGGAAGAAGAGGAACAAUUUCGCCUGGUUCUUGGUAGCCCCAGCAGCCCGUCUGCUGGAGGAGCUUUGAUAGGAAGUCCAAACUUUACCACCAUUGUCGUCAAGGAUGCUGGAGACAAACCCAUCAUUAAGUUUGAGAGGACAAAGUAUUCUGUUAACGAGCCUAUGUUUAGUGGAGAGAUUGCCACUGUAGAGAUCCCCGUUGUGCGUUUAGGAGAUCUUUCACAAACUUCCAUAGUGCGUGUUCACACCAAAGAUGGAUCGGCUAAAUCUGGGCCUGGAAAUGACUACCAUGGCUUCUCUAAAGAACUGGAGUUUGGACUGAAUGUGUCCCGCCAUGUUAUUAAGGUAGAGGUGCUGUACGAUGGAGAGAGGGAAAUGAGAGAGGCCUUCACUGUCCACAUCAAACCUGAUAGAAAUAUGGUGGCAGAUGUACAGAUGAACAAAGCAAUUGUGUACAUCGAAGAAAUGAACAAGAUGGCGGAUGUCACGUUUCCAUCUCCGCCAAUGGUGGUGUCCCUGCGUAACUAUGAUGAUGCCAAGAAUGCUCCACCUAAUCCAGUCCAAGGUUACCCUGUUAUAUGUAUCACACCUUGUAACCCAAAGCACCCAGAAUACUACAAGACAGGUUCCCUGUGUACCAGUGAGGGUAUCAACGAUACGCAGACUAUAUUUCGCUGGCGUGUGUCAGCGCCCAGUUACCUAGAUGGCGUCACUAGUGAGCUGAAUGAUGUUUCGUCGAACACCUUCUUCACAAAUACACAUAAGAUUACCCUUGACAGUAUUUAUUUCAGUGGAGGAAGCAGAGUGCAGUGUGCGGCCAGAGCGGUGAACGAAGACGGUGACCCUGGCCUGGAGUUGCUCAGUCCAGUGGUGACAGUGAGCAGUGACGAGGGGAUCUGUAUGCCCCGCGUGAUGGGGUCAGUGGGGGCGGAACCCUUCACUGCCAAACUCAGAUACACAGGACCUGGUGAUCCCACUCACCCCAACAUGGUGAGGCUAUCAGUGACCAUUCCCCACAGAGACGGCAUGCUGCCAGUCAUUUCCACCAAUAUAUUGUCCAAUUUUGAACUGGCCCUCAGCCCCGACGCCUUCCGUAUUGGCCAGCACAAAUGUUCGAAUUUGCUGGAUUAUGAUGAAGUCAGGACUAAGUAUGGCUACAUCACCAACGAGACGAAGAACCCCAACAUCGUAGGUUCCAUGGAACCCUAUCAGUACAAUGCUGAUAUCCGCUCGGAACCUUCUCUCAGAUUUUACAAGAAUCUAGACCUUGAGGCGUGUCUCUGGGAGUUUGUGACCUAUUAUACCAUGUCUGAGCUGGUGACGGACUGUGGAGGAAACAUUGGUACAGAUGGACAGGUUUUGAAUCUCAAGCAGUCCUAUGUGUCAGUGCGUGUCCCGCUGUACGUAUCAUAUGUGUUUCAUUCACCUGUGGCAACUGGUGGUUGGCAGAACUACGACCUGUCCUCACAGCUCAGACUUACAUUUGUAUACGACACUGCCAUCUUGUGGCAGAAUGGUAUUGGUGCCGAAGAUGGUUCAUCAGAACUUCAAGGUUUUCUGUAUCCAACCAGUAUGCGUAUAAGAAAAGAUGGCCGUCUUGCUGUAAAUUUUAGAACAGAAGCCAGAUUCAGAGGGCAAUAUGUGUUGAGUCAUCCAGGCACCAGUCUGACUUCCAUGGUGAUGUCAGCAGUCAAUCCUGAUCUCACUUUUACCUUGGAACUUCUGAGAAGUGAACCAACCUUUGAACAACCUGAACAAACAUGGGAGUUUGUGUCAGAUUAUGCUGUUCGUGACUACUCAGGGAAGUACACCAUAAAGCUGAUUCCUUGCACCACCCCCCUGGACCAAGAGUACGCCCUCCCAGUCGUUUGUAACCCUCGUCAGCCUAUGAACUUUGACCUGGAUAUAAGAUUCCAGCAGAUUAGUGAUCCCGUGCCUGCCGAGUUCAGUCUCAAUACCAACUUUCAUCUGCUGCGGAAGAAGGCCCUUUGGCUGUCUGAUGGUUCCAUGGGGUUUGGAGAGGAUUCCGAUGCUGCUUUUGGACAAGGUGACAAGAUAUAUGGAAGAAUAAUGGUGGACUCAGUUCAGAACCUUGGUGAUUCUUUUAACUUGAACAUUGAGAAAGUAUUCAUAUGUACUGGCAAGGACGGGUAUAUUCCUAAAUAUGACCCUGCCAAUGAGGAAUAUGGUUGUGUGGCAGACUCACCAAACUUACAGCAGACAUUUAGAAUACUGGACAAAGGUGCUCCAAACACUAUCUCCCCUACAUUCAGAGACAUCCCCUUCAAUGCAAGGCUGGCAGUAGAUGACCCCUCAGCAGUGAACCUUGUACUGCAACCAGGAUCUGAUGGGUUUAGCCUGGAUGCCAAACCUCUAUUCAAGGUGGACUCAGGAAGACAGUGGUUUGUCCACGCCAUUUACACUGUGCGUUCCAUGGAAAACUCACGAAACGGCAUUGGAAAACGAAGCAUCACGUACCACAGCAUUUCAGGCAUUCAUUCGUCUUUAGAAACAAUGGUGGAAGAGGUGUUACACACACGAAGAAAACGUGCAAUAGAAGACACUAAAAAUAUUGGCCAAAGUAAUAACAGGGGAACAAAUAUGGUGAAAAUAUCACUGAACUUUACAGCUAAAGCGGAGGACAAUAAUUUGCAAGGAAACACUGAAGUUGGAACAUCUGUUUUAAAUACUGAACCAGCCAGCACACCCAUAAUACCAAUUAUUAUUGCAGUUGUUCUGUUCCUUGUUUUAUGCAUAAUUAUUAUCGUAAUUGUCAUCGUUGUUGGAAGAAAGAAAAAAGAAAAAAAGAAAUCUCUCAGUAAUGGAGUCACUGUCCCCAUUGGGAAUGGCAAGAGUAGAGUGUAUGAUCCUAAAUAUCAGAAUAAUAAUGACAGCUCAGAAGUAUAGGCAGACAUUUGCUUUUUUUAUGUGCAAACACUGCUGUUAUUGUAGAUGUUGUUGUCACCAGAACCUGUCUUCAUUGCCAAAGUACCCAACAUUUUUAUAACAACUGUAUCUGAAAAAUGGGGACACUGUUUUGCAUUUAAUUGUUUAGAGUGUCAUAUUUCUUGUUGCAUCAGUGGAAAUCAGAAUCGGUGUUUUGCAUGAAUCUUGGUGUCAUUUGUAUAGGUCAAAGAAUCAAAUGGUGUGUUCAAAAAUUAGCCCACAGGAAAGCCUCUAAUAAUCAGCAGAGAUUUGGCUUUAUUACAGCUCUGUGUAUUAGAGUUUGAAAAGUUGCUGGUUUAUUUCACAUUUUUAAAUGUUUUUUUUUUAAGAGAGGGUAGUCUACUUUUAUUUAGGGUGCUCUGUUCCAGUUCUGUUAUAUGUAACAAGGAGAUUUUUACUGUUCUACUAGACAAGAUGACAGGCCAGAUUCUUUCAGAAGCUUUGUCACUUGUUUUUCAGUAUACAUUUAACUAUAAUGCAUUUUUUACAAUGAUGACUUGGAAAGUCUCAUCUCCUUCAAAUUUGUCAUACAUACAAUUUCACAUUGGAUUCAGUAUUUAAUUAUUUUACAUCUGUUACAGUUUUCUUAUCUAUUGUUACUUUUUUUGUCAAAAGUUCCCAAGUUAUUAAUGCAAGAUAACAUCCAAGAUUCACAGGUGUCUGUAUAUAAAGAAACAUCACCACACUGUUUUUAAAUUCACACUUGCAGUACUACAUGGAAUUCCUUAUGCAGAACAGUAUGGAUCUUGCUAGUCUUUUUUACUGUCAUACUUAAAAAAGAAAUGUUACUUUACUAGUCUAGUGUUUUAUUUGUGUUCACUGCUAAGCACUGCCUUGCAAAAUGUUAUUAAAGAACAGUUUUAAGGUGAUCAUGGUUGUAAAUCAAGACCAUGUGCUCACGAAGGUCUCUGCAAGAAGACAUCAAAGAUGGCGUUCAAGUUUUUUUUUUUUUAUGUUUUGAGAUUUGAUCUCAUUUUAAUCAAUAUUUUAAGCAAUCAGACUUUAUCUUCUUGUUCUCGAUUAGAACAGGCAUUAUGACAAAAGUUAGGUUAUUGGUAUUAUAAUUGUAGAACUUUGAUCAUUGUAUAACAGUGUGAAUUAGACAAAAUGAUUGUUAUAGAUAUUAUAUAUUAGUGGAUUCCUACACUGCCCAUUUCGUUAAAUGUCUCAAGUUCUUAUAAUGUAUUAUAUGAUUUUAUGACCAAAGCUCUUUAAGCAUUUUUAUGUUGCAGCUACAGUAGGUUUAAAUAAAUCAUUGGCGUAACAUUGCUUUGGUUCCUACACACAUCACCAAUUGACUUUAAAAAAUCAUUAAAUAAUUACGAUGAUAUCUGAAUGGUGGGUGUGUGUUGCCAAGAUUGCAGAGACGCCAUAUUGGUUUAUUUUGAAGUUGUUGAUUCAUUAUGGUGGCUCAUAUAAAGCCCACAGUGAUUAAAACAUACACGGUGCCUGAACAAAAAUUGCUUGGCUUGUAUCACGACUUGUAUCAAGAUGUGUUUGGGAAACAAGUUUCUGUGCCUUAUUCGAUUAUGAAUACUUGUGUAUUCAGUUAUUAAAAUGUCUGCAUUUUAAUGUGAAGAUGGGGUGCCGUAGUUGCAUGUUAUCUAUCUGCAAGAAAACCAGUCAGCAUCAUUAUAGAAUUUGUCUAAGCACACAAUUUUGUCAUAAAAUAUUAUCUUAAUUAUAUUUUCAAUCGCCUUUGAGUAUGCAUCCAGCUUCACUUGUAAAGAAAUUUGAACUGACUGGGUAAAAAUAUUCUAUCAGAUUGUCUUUGUUUGGUGUUGAAUUUUUAACUAGUAGACAUCCAGAAGCCUUGCAGACAUACCUUACUGAAAUUAAUAUCUUAUAGCUGAUGUCAUAUACAAGAAUACUGUGUGUAGCCAGUCAUAAUCUGUUCACCUGGUGAUGUCAUCUGGUAUAGUGUAAGUUAAAGCUGCUCAGAAUGCGCCUUUAGUUUAGAAGGGACUCCCCUCCAAAUGUCGUGUUUCAGGACAUCGUUGGGGGGGGGAUAUACCCUUUAAGUUGUAGUAACAGGAGUCUUUGAAGGCUUUUUCGCUUACAAAUAGUUAUUCUUAUUAAACAUGCACAUAUAUUGUAUAAUGUUUUCCAGUGUAUUUGUUGAUGUGUAAUAGCAUAUUCCCUCCAAUUAUGUAGAAUGUUUGUAAUUUUUAUAUCUAAUGGAAUAUAAAACAUAGGCCAUAUAAUGAGUGAUAUUAAUUUGCUCUUUAAGUGCAGUUUAGUUUAAUUAAAUCUGAUUAGUUUUAUUGAUAAUGUACAAAACCAUCCCUAUUGUGAAGUAAUAUUAUUAAGCAGUAUUAAAUACUGCUCAGAGAAUAAAAUGACAGAGAAACAUUGUAAUUAUGACCA